AAUGUGAGUUCCCAGUAUGUGUGAAAGUUCGUAGUAAAGUGCCACGUCUUCCUGGGAGAGUGUCUGUUGGGGGAAUCCUGAACUUGUCCUAAGCUGUCGUCUGCUUUCGGCACAUUUUUAACUCUAUGAAGGUCGGAGGCCUUUCCUCUGCUUUGGUAACAUGAGGUUUUUCUUGUGGAAUGCGAACUUGACACUGUGGGUCACGGUUUUGAGUGGAGCUCUGAUCCCCGAGCCAGAAGUGAAGAUCGAAGUUCUUCAGAAGCCAUUCAUCUGCCAUCGCAAGACCAAGGGAGGGGAUCUGAUGUUGGUCCACUACGAAGGCUAUUUAGAAAAGGAUGGCUCCCUGUUUCAUUCCACUCACAAACAUAACAAUGGCCAGCCCGUCUGGUUCACCCUGGGCAUACUGGAGGUUCUCAAAGGCUGGGACCAAGGCUUGAAGGGAAUGUGUGUGGGAGAGAAGCGAAAGCUCACCAUUCCUCCUGCCCUGGGCUAUGGCAAAGAAGGAAAAGGUAAAAUCCCCCCAGAGAGCACACUGAUAUUCAACAUUGACCUCCUGGAAAUUCGAAAUGGCCCAAGGUCCCACGAGUCAUUUCAAGAAAUGGAUCUCAACGACGACUGGAAACUCUCUAAGCACGAGGUGAAAGUCUAUUUACAGAACGAGUUUGAGAAGCACGGUGCAGUGGUGAACGAAAGCCAUCAUGAUGCUUUGGUGGAAGAUAUUUUUGAUAAAGAAGAUGAAGACAAAGAUGGGUUUAUAUCUGCCAGAGAAUUUACAUAUGUGCAUGACGAACUGUAGGGAAGCAGCUGCCGUUUUUACACGCAUUCAUUUCUAACGGGGAGGCAGCACCUUUUUAAACAAAGCUUUUUUUCCUUUGCCUUUCUUGUUUUUAGUUUUAUAUUAUUUUUCUAUUAUUUAAAGGACCCCAGAGACUUUGUAAAUAUCCCUAGCUUUCUGGUAAGUUAUUGGGCAGUGACAGGUGUCUCUGCGUAGAGGACUACUGGGCUGCUCUCCUGUUCACACAGAGGCUGGUCUUGCUUGCUUGCUUCUAAUGGUAACAUAGUGCAUCUAGAAACACGCCACAGCAUACACUCACGGUGGAGCAUAAACCAGUGCCCUGGCCGUCUGCCUCCCUCUGUUUUCUCAAAGUUCUUUUACUGGCGUAUUCUUCCGUGAUAGUCCAAGGCGCUGUUUUCAGGUUACACUGAAGUAGUGUUUUCCUCACCUGCUUUUGAGUUCCUGCUGUGGACAGGAGGAAUAUGGUGGGCCUUAUUCCUUAACAGCUUUGGCCUCACUGUGGAGAUAUACAAUGUCGAUGGGUAAGGGAGGCAGUAACUCAAAAUAGGUGUUCAGAGACUUCCCAGUGGCUAAUAAACUAUUACAAUGAGCCAGACAAA